AUGAGCUCACGAUUUAGUGGGUCACCGGAGGUCUGGGGUUUCUUGGAUCAGCGCUUAUCACUCACCUCUACGAAAACACCUCAAAAUCCCAUAACUGUGCUUGACAAUCUCAAAGGACGAACAGAUAUCCUUCAGAUUCCGCAGCGCAUACGAGAAUCGGACCGUUUCACGCUUGUAAUCGGUGACAUCGGAAAUGAGCAACUUGUGCUUCAUACUCUCAAGGAUAGAUCGGUGGAUGUCGUCAUCGAUUGCACGGCACGAGACCAGAGUGUCAUUGAUCGUUCGCCCACUAGUGGUGCACGAAAUGCCAUCCAAGGCCUGACACAUCUACUGAAUGCCAUCAAAGGACUACGGACAAGUUCGACGUUUUCUGCUCGUCAGCUGUCAGAC